AUGCUGCUCCAGCCCAAAAGUGCAGCAGAAAUAGUGUGUGCAGAUUUACAGGAGGAAGAUGAUGUGGAGAACGAUGUGUUUCUGAAAGGAGAAGUGACAUAUGCUAUUAGUGAUGACUUGCAUGUAGCGCCGGCUACAGUCACGACUGCCAUUUACUUGCUUCAGAAGCUAGGGAUAAAUGAUGCAGAUAUCCUUGAGGAAAGAAUUGUGGAUGUGAGUAGAAAUGAGGUUUUAAGUUUACUGAAGAGUUUACUGCUGUCGAAGACACCAUUUACAGAGGUUUUCUUGCGGAAGGCAGAAUCAAUGGACAACUGCAAAGAAGAUAAUGAGAUUUUAGAGACUGCUCAAAUCAUGUCGGAAGUCAAGAAUGAAGAUACUCAAGCCAAAAUUAUAAGUGUGAAGCUCCUUGAGAAUAAGAUCACAAAUAAAGUUGUGCGCGCUGAAGCAGGGAAUGAUUUAGUAGACGUCCUUCUCUCAUUCCUUACCUUUCCACUAGGAUCUAUAGUGAAGCUCCUGAACAGUCAGUCCUCUGUUGGUUGUGUUGAUAACUUGUAGGAGUGUAAGAACAUGUUAUUGGCUCCCAAACUCUACCCACAUUUUAACUGCGACAGCCAAAUUUUGAAAAUUGUAGCUGAACUACCAAAACCAUGCACGGUUCAUGGAUGUGAAACUUGCUGGAGUCAGGGGAUCAGUGUCUCUGGUACGAAGUGCAUGCACAAUGUAGAGUUUGUCGAUACAAAUGAAAUAAAUCCGAAGUUGCCAGGCUCGAGUAUGCAAAGAGGUCGGUUAGGUUCAUGGUUACUAAUGAGAUGGACAUCACACCUGUGUUGCUCAUUUCUGGAAUUGGUGUGAUCAAAGAGCUCAAAGUUCCCAUCGGCAACCAAGCUGAGAAGGAGAUUAAACUUGGAGAGGCAGGGGUGAAGUUUUCCUAAUGUUCGAAAGCUUUUUGGUCUGAAAUUACAUCUAAUGAAAAUCUUUCUAACUAAUCUCUUUUCUAUUAUAUUCCAUGUAGUGCAGGUUUUGAAUCUGUUGAAAGCUUGUAUUGUCUCUUCCAAUCCACUGAACAAGGUAUUUUCUCAAAAGAAGGCGAGGAAGACUUUUUAAGCUUGAAUUUGCAGCUUCUGUUUUGCUCUGUCUCAAAUUUCUAUGUCGAACAGAUUAUUGUUUUUCAAAACUUUUUGAUGGUAAUCCAAUAGUUUAGUUAAGAUGA